AUGUUAUCCUUACUCAAAACUACAGUAUUGGUUACUUUAUUGGCUGCUAUCACCAAUGGUACCCCCAUUGAAAAGAGACACAACAAGUUUAUUGUUCAUGAGCUUGAACGUGAUGGAUUCAAUCUGCUCGACAAGAGAACUCCGUCAGAACUGCAAUGGUUUGCUGACACUGGGGCUAGGUGGUACACCAAAUUGAAAUUAGGCUCCUCUCAAGAACCAGUAAGAGUUACUGUUGAUACAGGUAGUGUUCGCUUGAAUGUGCCAGUUCCUGGUGCAACUUGUCAGAAAAAGACAUGUGCAGCUGACGCUGUUUUCCAUCCAGAAAAUUCGUCUACAUUCAAGAACUCCACCAAGGAAUCAGAUCUGGCUUAUGGUGAUGGUUCCGCUGUCACAAAAAGUUUCAAAGCCAAUGAUGACCUAUACUUUGAUGAUGGUAGAAAAAUCCCUGACUUUGAAUUUGAUGUCAGUUAUAUCAGUUCAGGCGAUAUUGGUGUCUUUGGCGUUGGAGAGUCACAGGAUGUGCAAUCAAAUUAUGUCUUUGCAUCCAAGAAUGCUGGAUUGAUCAAUCGUGCUGGUUACUCGGUGUAUUUAGGACAAGAGAAUCAAGGUACUUUACUCUUAGGAGGUAUUGAUAAAGCCAAAUACGAAGGAGAAUUGGCGCUUUUCGAUGCCGAACAAAACAUCAAUGCUACAUCAAUAACCACUGCUAGUGGUAAAGUAUUCCCAUUCGAGAAACUUGUCGGCUUUGAUACCGGAAAUGCUUGGGUUUCAUUGGAAAAAUAUAUGGUUGAAGGAAUCCGUGCUGAGUUGCAUCAAGACCAGUUUGGACUUUUUGAUUGCAAAAGAGUUUUGGAUACAACGGAUAAGUUUACUUUUGAUCUUGGUCCAAUCAAUAUCACUGUACCAUACUCAAACUUCUUUUACAGAAUACCGGGUGACGAAAGCAGGUGUGGUAGUCAUAUAUACGACGAUUCUAAUUCUGGAGGGCUUCCAGGAAUUGGACUUCCUUUCCUUAGAGAAGUUUAUUUUGUCAAGGACUUGGAAACCAAACAUAUCGGAAUUGCUCCUGUGAAGCACACCACUGACACUGACAUUGUCGACUUUUGGUUUUGA